AUGGAUGAAACCCAAGAAGGCAUGGAUCAUCUAAAGGAAAUGAUUGAAGCUGGGAGAACAAACCUGAAUAAGUUUGCUUUGAAAGAGCUAAGCAAAUAUGAGGCUGAUCCUGAUAAAGCUAGGAAAGCAGGGAAAACCAAACGGGGUAGACCAGCCAUAAUUGAUAAUCAACAUUUCUCAUAUGUCUCCAAUGGACCUGGUAGUCAGAAAGUUUAUAAUUGGCGCUGUUCAAACAGAAAAUGUGAUGCCACCUUAGGAACAAGGAAAUCGAGUGGAAACCUGGUUGGGGAUACUCUGCUAAGUCACCAACAUGGAAAUCAGCUGAUGAAAAAGACUGCAAAGAAAACUGAAUCAGCAGUCUUGCUUAAGUACGCAGGGGUUCAGGGAGCUACUCCAUCUACAGUUCUCCAGGAAAUUAGCUACAACAUGCUUUCAUCAAACUUUCCUGGACAAUUGAGUAGUUCAUCUACUGCUGGUGCCAUCAGGAUGAAGUUGUGGCGCCAGAGACAAGUUAUCAGUCCAAGACCUAGGCUCCCUUCUACAUUUGAGGAGUACAUGGACACUGACAUUCCUGACAAGUUUACCAAGGCAGCUGAUGGGGUUGAAUUUCUGAUUUACAAAGAUUGGAUUGAUGUGGAAUGUACACAACCUAUGGCAAUAUUUAUGAGCAAAUGGGCAGUUGAGAUUCUUAAAACACACAAGACUUGGCUAUUUGAUGGGACCUUUAAGUCUGCCCCAGUACCCUUUUCUCAGGUAUAUAUUGGUAUGGCAGCAUCUGAGGUAGGAGGAAAGGGUAUACCUUGUGUCUUUGGUCUCCUUCCUAACAAGAAAAAAGAAACCUAUGACAUAUUCUUCAACAAGAUAAAGGAGCAUGUUGGGGAGCAAAACUGUCCUAAAACAAUCAUCUCAGAUUUUGAGCAGGCUGUGUUCUCUAUAUGUGCUAAAGUGUUUCCAACCGUGAGCCACAAAGGUUGCAGAUUUCAUCACAACGCUGCAGUUUGGAAGAACCUGGGAGAUCAUCAUCUUCAGGAACUGUUUAAUCAGAAUCCCAGGUUCCAGGAACUAAUCUAACUGAUGUAUACACUCUGCUACGUACCUGUGGAUGUAUACACUCUGCUACGUACCUGUGGAUCAGGUGAAAAGCUAUUAUGAUGCAGUGAUCAUUCCCCAGGUUCAAGAAGGAGUUGAUCAUGAUCAAGAAUGGGAGGAUUAUGAUGAGGAGAUUGAUCAUUUUGGGUACUACUAUUCACAGACUUGGAUUGAAAAACGGGGUGGGAGGAGAGCAUUGUUUCCGCCAUGUCUUUGGAACCAGUACAGCACAGUUCUAGAGGAUGGAAUAGAAACAAACAAUAUGCUGGAAUCCUUUAAUCAUACCUGGAAUUUAUUGUCUGGGUACAGUCCAAAUGUUUGGCACAUUCAGGACCAGUUUGUCAAACAAGAUGCUGAUGCAAGACGAGCAUUUGUUUCUAAUUCAGUUGGCCAGGAUAUGGCUGAUAAUACAGGCAGAAAGCAGAGAGCCAAGGAUGCAAAACAGAGGGUUAA